CCUCCACAGUCACUUCCUUGCUCCCUGCCACACGCGACUGGACAGCUGACUGCAUCGGCCCCACCAUGAAGCUACUGACUGUCCUCCUGCUGGCUGCCCUCCCUUUCUGCUGCUCUGCAGGUUCUGGCUGCCAACUUCUUGAGGAUAUAGUUAAUAAGACACUAGAUGAAAAUGUGUCUAUACCUGACUACAAAAAUCUACUCCAUGAGUUUAUAAACGGUGAAAAGGACGAAAAGGUUGUUGAAGAAUUUAAACAGUGUUUUCUCAGCCAGACAGAGGAAACUCUGAAAAAUUUUGGAAUCAUGAUGGAAAUCACGUACGACAGCAGAUUCUGUGAAAUUUUUUAACUUCCUGCAAGAACUUUGGCUCAGACACAGCAGAUAGACCAUCAUUGUCGAUUGCUAGAAACCACAACUUUCUUUCUUCUUUGUUCUUUUAAGUGGAAUCUGCGAGA